CCGUGGGAGGGAAUGCUCCUCCCCCAAGCGUGCCCUGCGGUACGGGGGCUGGGUGGGGGGGGGCGAACCCGGAAGUUCUGGGCGGAGUUCCUGGUUGCCAACGAGUCCCAUCCCGAGUGGAUGGAAACCGGCGACAUGGCGGCGUCCGGCCCAGCGCUGUGCCUCUUCGACGUGGACGGGACGCUGACGGCCCCGCGACAGAAAAUUACCAAAGAAAUGGAUGGCUUUCUACAAAACUUGAGGCAGAAGAUCAAAAUUGGUGUGGUAGGCGGGUCAGACUUUGAGAAAGUGCAGGAGCAGCUGGGAAUGGAUGUGGUUGAAAAAUACGAUUAUGUGUUUCCAGAAAAUGGCCUGGUUGCAUACAAAGAUGGGAAACUCUUGUGUAAACAGAGUAUUCAAGGUCACCUGGGCGAGGCCCUAAUCCAAGAUCUAAUCAACUACUGUCUGAGCUACAUCGCAAGAAUUAAACUCCCGAAGAAAAGGGGUACUUUCAUUGAGUUCCGAAACGGGAUGUUGAACGUGUCCCCAAUUGGGAGAAGCUGCAGUCAAGAAGAACGCAUUGAGUUUCACGAACUCGAUAAAAAAGAAAACAUCAGACAGAAGUUUGUAGCAGACCUGCAGAAAGAGUUUGCAGGCAAAGGCGUCACAUUCUCCAUAGGAGGCCAGAUCAGCAUCGAUGUCUUUCCUGAUGGCUGGGACAAGCGGUACUGCCUGAGACACGUGGAAAAUGACGGCUAUAAGACCAUCUAUUUCUUCGGGGACAAAACCAUGCCCGCGGUUGGAACAUGAAAACAUUCUAACGGUCAUGAACAUCGACAGCUGAUUGACUUUGACUCAGCACAUCCUUUUGGGUGAUUGAGUUCUCUGUCCGCUUCUGUGCUUGGGACGGGCACACGCAGAGUGGCAGGACUGGGGAGCACUGUUGCAGGAGGUGACUGACCACGCACAAGGCAGUUGGUGCACACGGCAGAAUGCUCCGUGGCUGUACGAACCACAGAUGCAGACCGAUCUCUGGGAUGUUCUAUCAGGCGAGCCACGUAAGGUGCAGAACGGUACAAGUAACAGGCGCCGCUUUUGUCUAAAGAGGUGCUCUCUUCACGGUGCUCAUAAGUGCAUAAAGGGAGUGUGAAGGGACAUCCGAGAAGGCAGAUGACAGACCUCCUGAGAGCUAGGGACAAGGAUGGGAGAGACACUUGGCACUCUGUCUUCUCUUUAAAUUUUGACCUCCACAAAUGUGCUCUCUGUUGAAAAAUAAAGCUUUAAGGUAUCAAACUGAGCAAAGGAAGAAAACUAAAAUUUUUGGUUUCUAAAGCACUUCAGUGUCAGACCCUGAGCUGGACCCUUGGACGUUCUGUCCUCAGGUCCUUGGGCAGCCUGGCGGGACGUGCGGGAUGGGCGGCAGCGGGCUCCACGCAGGGCCAGGGGCGGUGCAGGUCAGUGACCGCACGGCAUCCAGAAGCCUCUCGUCACUCUCCCACAUCACCUCCAAAAUGCUGUCAAAUCAUGCAACAAUUGGUUUUCCACAAACGUUCAAAAGGAAAAUCUUUCCUUAAAAGAAGCUUUAAGGAAGUCCCUGUCGGCCUGGUGGGAAGAGGCAGCUUUGAAACCCAGAGGACCUACAAUCUGGCCGCCGUUGCCCACAGGGUGACCACACACAUCUGCGUCGUGAGCCGUGGUACUUGUCAGCCCCUAUGGGGGCUGAACUGUGGGGACGCAGUUCUUCUGAAGCGGUGGGAGGAAAAGGAGGUCCUAGAGGGAGGGUGGCUAGCCCAAGGCCGGCUCAGGAAAGGCAGCAAGCAGGACUUGUUUCUUCCAGCAGGGAACCAGCCGGCUAUGAAGUCUGCAGCUUUUAAUGAAGUUAAGAAAAUCUCAUCCAGUAUGAGAUUCCUCUGAGAGAUUGGGGGCCUGUAGGGUGGGUGGUGCGUGUUAGCCGGCGAACCUUGAGUUCCUGCUCAGGCUGCGGACAGAGUUGGCCAUUGGCCCUGCCCUGGGCGACCUGGCCAUGCCUGGCAUCUCCUGCGCUCACAAUCAGGAUGCCUGAGAGCUGAUGAGAGCGCUGAAUGUGUCCUCUGUGCAGACCUGUCCUACUAUUCGUGCGUGUCAGUGUGAAAUCUGAGACCCAAGUCUUGGGGGCUAGUGGCAGGCUUAGGUUAGCAUGGAGAGAGGGGUGAUCCUUGCUCCCAGAGGGGCCUCAGGAAAAUUGCUGCUCCCUGAGAUCUGACUGGAGGAAGUUGGACCGGGUCAGAGGUUCCCCACCCAGUUGAGGGGGUGCUGCCAGUUCCCCUGUGGGAGGACGGGAAGCAGGACACUGGGCCGGGGGCGACACCAUGAGUGCGGUGUUUGUUGGGGUCUCGGCUGACCCGCCUUCCUUCUGGACACCAGAAUCUGUGGUCGUGUCACCCCUGAGAUCAGGGCAGGGGGAAAGGGGCUGCUGGAUAAACCCUGAAGAAGCAGCAGCCAUUGCUGUAGUUCUUCUCUUCAUGGGGACCUUGACUCCAGACCCCUAGAGUGUGGCCAACCCGCAGGGAGUCCCCUGGUGCGGUCACUGAUGGCUACGAAUCGGCUUCUCCUGGAGGCAGGUCCAUGCCUGGUCCCGUCACCCAGUGCUCAGCCCUUGUUUUGGGGACGAGGGGGUACGCCAGACUCAUGAGCAGACCCGGAGGGUCACCCCGGGAGCGUCAGCAGGACAGCAAGCCAGCUUGCUUUCCACUGGACGGUUAGUCCCCAGACUGUAAGCACUGGGUCCCGUCCUGGAAAUACUCCUGGAAAUACUCGGAGUCACCUGAUUGUUUUCAAAACAUCAUGACCCUGGGGCCAGACUGGUUUUGGUUUUCUUUUGUUUGUUUGUUUGUUUUAAGUGUAACAGUUCACUUCUUUCUAGGAAAAAUCAGUAUAGUUAUCUAAGGGCAUACAUUUUUAUCAAAUAUUCUCCUCACCAGCUAACAAUCACACGUUGAGAAAGCAGCUGCAUACCAGCCGUGCAGCACGUACUCAGAUCCGUUUGGCUUCUCACGCCGCGGCCUGCAGGCCAGGGGUACUGGCCUUAGAAGUGUUGGUACAGCUCCUGCGGUGACUGUCACCACAGCCCAGGGAGCACCCCCCGCCCCAGGGCUUUGAAACAGAGCCCUUGUCCCUUUGGCCUUUGUACCCAGAUACCUAGAAAUUGGAUCGGUCCCGUUACACUGGCUGGAGAUGAGCAGCCACAUGUGGUGGAUGUGGACUUGCAGGAGUGGACCUGAGCCUCAGAUGGGUGUUCCUAGCAGAGACCCCCUCGGAAUCCAGCGGCCCGGCCCUGCUUCCUGCUCUGCAGGGCCCACAGGCCAGGGACACGUGAUUUGUGUGCCCUUCCUCAGCUCUCCAUCAGGAUCCUCAGGGUUCACUGGACACCCCCCCACACACAUCGGCUCAGCAUCAGCGUGUGCAGAAACACGGCUGGGUAGCGGGGAGACUGGACCCCACUCAGCCCUGCCGUCUGCUUUUCUGUGGCACCCUCAGCCCUUCGCCUCAAAUAUUUAAAUAUUAAUGGGCCGUUUGCACUGAGCUGGAAGCCUCUCCUCCGUCUGGCAUCUGUCCCCGGCCCACGAAGUGUCCCUUCCGGCUUGGUUCCCUUUGUCAUCUCUCAGAAAAGCGUCUUCCCCACCCGGACUCUAGUGACCUGUGCAAAUCUGGUGUUUGGAAUCUGCGGUUCCCUGAAACCUGAUUCUAGAGGGGGGCGCUCACACCAGCUUGUCUUGUGCUUCUGCUUCUCCCGACCUCCCUCUGACUCUGUUGUGCCAGCUCUGGGAGCCCCAGAAGAGCCCAGGUGCCCUGGCAGGAGGGGAGGUUAAAGUCUGUGGUGCGUGGUGCUGGUGGUGCCAAGAUCGAGCCGGGAGAGCCACCUCGUGUGGACCAGGUCUCCCGGGAGGGACAGGCGGGGCAGCUGCUUCGGAGUCGUUCCCCAGGGCCCAGCGUCUGCAACCCGCCCCCAGCCCUGGCUGGCUGCGCAGCCUCCUCCUCGCUGUGCUUCUGCUCCUCGUCCUCAGCCCCCACCUGCACGGCCUGCAGAAGGUGAAGCUGAUUGUGUCCCCUGGUUGCAGCUUUGCCGGUGGCUUGACAUAAAAUCCCAAGUCCUUACCUCCCUGGCCUGGGGGGCCGCUGAGCUGACUUCUGGGACGUGGCUUGUCCCCUCCCUUCCUCUGCUCACUGGUGCCUCCCUUGUCCCUCUAGGUUCUCUUCCCCUCUGUUCUCUGCCCUACGGAGUUGCUCGCCUCCAUCUCCUGUCUCUCCCUGCCUCCGCUCUGACGCUCGCUUUGCCCGGCGGGUAGUGCGUGCUCCCUGGGCUGGUUGGGCUCAUGUGUCAAUCCAGACUCCUCCCUCCCGAGUGAAUGAGUGACAGGGACUGAAUGUGUCCCCGAUAGAUGGUUGGUUUUUCUGGAUAGUUCACAAGUCUGUUUCUACAACAUUAAGUUCUCUGUGGCGGUUUUUUACCUCUCGAGCUAUUCGUAGGAGAAAUCGGACUUUAAUUCUAAGCAUUACAUGAACUGGUUUCACAUUUACUUGCUUAGGUAGCCGCCGGUGGGCGUGACGCCUAGAGCUGACCCAGAGCCACUUGAUGGCACAGAAAUCUGUGAGGCGAGGGCAGGACCCCAGCAGCUCCCCCCGUCAGCGCUGGGAAGGGAGUUUCCCUGAUGUGGCUCCAAGUUCAUGGCCCCCGACCUGACUCCUUCCCUGGUGCAUUUUGGGCCCCGGCAGCAGCCCCUCCUAAACUUUGGGACAAGGUAACUCUCACAAAAGUCAGAGCAGUAAGAAUUACUGUGUCCGUGAGUCCUUUAAAGGCAUGUCAGUUGUUUCUUAUAGAAUCUUUAGGAGAAAAAUCCAUUUUUACUCUGCAGUUAUUUUCAUCGUAUUAUAAACUAAUGUUUUGAGUUAGACCGUCCAGGCUUAUGAGGAGAAUCUAGGAAAUUGCAUGAGAAGCAAAGCAGGGGCUUUCCUGGAGCUCAGGGUGUGGGAACGGCGGCAAGCCCGCUUCACUCACCCCAGACCGGGGGGGGGUGGGGGGGGGGUUGGGAAUGCCGUACACACUGGAAGACCCACCCCCGGGGACCCCCAUGGCGGGCCAGGGCCCCCCGGAUACAAGGUCUGGCAGAAGCAGUCUUGCGCUCCACUCUUGGAAGUGGCCCAGGGGAAGGGAUGUGUGCAUACGCCUGGAGCCGCAU